ACGUUCUGAGAAGUAAUGUUCAGCAAAUACUGCGUUAAUAGACAGGCGGUGGUGGUGAAUCAGCAUUCUCCGUUACAGAAAAGGACGUUUUCAGCAAUAGGUUUUCACAAUUGGGUGCCUUCUCCCUUCCCUGCCGCUUGGUGCCGCCGGCAGCGCCCAGCAGACGAGCAGCUCCGCUCCGCUCCGCUCCUCCCCUGCCCUCCGCCCGCCGGGCAGCCCCAGGAGGCGGAGCCGCUGUCUCCGCGCAUGCCCGGCGGCCGCUGCGCUGCGGGAACGGCGGCGGAGGGGCCGGGGCUGCCCGGGGGAAGCCCGCGGCGGCCGGAGCGAGGGCGGGGAUCCCCGGCCGUGCGGCGCAGGAUGCAGUCAGAGCACCUCAGGCUGCGUCAGGCCAACCAGGACCUUCUACAAAGGCUCAGAAUGAAGCAGGAAGAGAUAAGAAAAAGUCUUCCCAGCAAGCCGCUUCUUCCAGCAUCUCUUCGUAGUAGAGCACCUGCUGAAGCUAAGGUAACACAUACUAAGAAGGAAAAUCAAGUUGAUCGUGUGUUGACGCAACGUGAUCCUACAACGCUGGUGUCUGUGGAACCCGAAGCUUGCACAGCCAGAGCAGCCCUCUGUUCAUCCCUGAAACACAGCAGCAAUGACAGAGGGGUGCAGCAACAAACGAAGUUGCAGGAAUCAGUUUUGGAAUCCAGCUUUCCUGGUAAAGGGAAGAAUCUUAUACCCGUGUCUGCAGUCAUUACGUGUGAUAGAGAAACUUGCAGAGUGGAUGGGGAUGGCCAUGCUCGAGGAAGUGCAGAGGAAGACUACUUCCUUGUAGGACGUGGAGAGAACAGAAGACAGACCACUCUUCCACAUGGUCCCAGUGAGAAAAAUGAGCCUAAGGGUCAUUUGGACCUAUCAGUGAAUAAAACACAAAGUGAAGAGACCCCCAAGGAAUCCGUAACCCCUAAAUCAAUCCUGCUGACAUCUCAGUCCAAAGAAUUGAAGAAGGAAUCUGGUCAUGUGACUUUUCAAGCUGAGCCUGAAGAAUAUAACGUGCCUGUGAGUAGCUGGUCCAUGCGUCCGUUCCUGGGCUACGACUGGAUUGCAGGGCUCCUAGAUACAGAUUCUUCAGUAGCAGAAAAAUCUGAUCAGUAUUUUGCUGAGCUGCAUGAGUUUCGACAGGCCAACAGAGAAGCGUGUAUCUAUGAGCAGCACCUGGAGCCCAAGACUCUGGAAUACAUAAUUCCUGAACAAGAUUUGAUAGCCAAUUCCCAUAAAUGUGUUUACUGUUACCGAUUAAACCAGCGCCUCUUUGCUGUCCCUAUGGAUUCAGAUUCUGCCUGUCCUAUAUGUAAGAUCCCACGUGCCCACCAGCCCCCAGAGACACUGGAAGAGCCAGCCUAUGUCAGGGUCAGCAUUCCCAGGUCUACUCUUAUGCCUGCCUACAAAUACAAAGCUCACUGCAGGAAAAGCUUUGAACCAGCAGACAGUCUAGCAUUACCUUCGCAUUGCCUGGUUGGCUGGGAAAAUAUCAUUCCUUCCAGUGACCCCACACUCAGCAACUUGGAUCUGCGAGCUUCACUGGAAGAGAAACCUUCUCACCGUUCUCGCCUGAACAUGGUGUCCAGAGUGUCAGGAGGAACCAGAACUGACCAGCUUCUGAACCUGACCCGCUCAGCACUCUUCAGAUUAAGCAGUGCCUCUCACAGAGGGAGCAAAACAAACAUGGACACUACAGAGCAGUUCCAAAUUUAAAUACUACUGCCUCCACUGUGAACCACUGACUUGUUGGCCCUGGGGAAGGGAUGGGGGCGGGGAGUGGAAACAAGUUAAUUUGGUUAAAAAUAAAUCUUUGAGCAAGGAGGUUUUCUUCUCAUUUUUGUAGUCACCUACCUCUGUGAGCAAGCAAUCCACUUACUUCAAUGUACGAACUCAAGUUUUUUCACUUUGCACAUUUUGUAGCUACUUCUAAGCAGAUGCAUGAGCCUUCCUACCUAAGGCUGGAUAAAGAGAUGUGGACUGGACAGCUAGGAGAACCACAGCAAUAGAUGUGUACAGACUUCACCUGACACUUCAGUUAAGCAAACCAGAAAUGUAAUGUUAUCUGAGAAUGCCAGAGCAAGGAAUUAGCUUAUGAAUGCCUUGGCUCAGUGGGAUGCAUACAUAUAUGCUUAUUUGCAAAUAAGUGAAGCAUUACAAACACAAAUUGCUAGUGCCUUAAACUUGUGUUACUCGAGUUACUCAACUUGAGUUAAAACAUCCAGUUUAUCUUCAGUUCAGUGUCUGUAGCUGCAGGGUACAUUACAGAGUAAUUGUAAGUCUGGAGAAGCACAUUUUAUUACUCAAAAACCUAGAAAAUGCCUUAAGAUAUUUGCAAGUUAUGCUUACCUCUACUUUUCCAAGUUUUUUGGAGGUUAGCAAGAAAACUUUGUGGAGUUCUUAAACUGUACCAAAGCAAUGUGUUCUGUAUGGUGUGAUCUGUUUGAACUUCAUGGUAUGAUCUGUCCUUGUCUAAAAAUGAUAAAAUGGAUGUCAUGUUUUGUCUCCAGUAAGCCCAAAAGAUAAAUUCCUUUCUUAAGAAUUCUGGAAGUUAUUGUGAAAUCUUGACUAGUAAUUGCAUUCGUAAGCUUUGUAUCGAGUUUAUUUCUGGGAGUUAACUUCACAGAAAGCUUUGGGUUUGCACCAGUAUCUUCAGCUUCUUGCUGUUUGGUGUUAUUAAUUAAGGUACCCAAUACUUUAUAAAACGAAUGUAUGAUUAGUCUUUUUUAAGCAAGGAAGCAGUGUUGCAAGUUUAUGAAGUCUGAGUGUGUGACUGGAUUGCAAAGCGAACAGGAUGACCGACUAGUUUUGCUUUGGGUUGAAUAUUCAGGAUAAAGUGAAAGGAAUCGGUCAUGUUCUUUCCAUUAAAGCACAAUCCCAAGCUGACUCUCCCUUUGUAAUGUUUUUUUACUGUGUUCAUCCAUGCUCUUUCAGAUGGACCUUCCCAGAAGUACUUAGUCUCAAAGUGUAUCUAUCUAUCUAUAUAGAUAGAUAUAAUCAUCUGAGCUGUCCCAUGUGCGCUUUUUGCUAAUAAAAUUGAAAAUUUCACUUUCACAGUGGGA